AUGGUCAGUGGUUCAAUUUACAUUGUAUGUUUCUCUGUUGCCAUCCUCGUAUACUUCUGGAGACGGCUGUACGAUUUUGCUCAAUAUCGUUUAAAAUUGAUAAAGUAUGUUGAUAAGCUGCCUGGACCAACGGCUAUACCUAUAUUAGGAACCACCUGGCAGUUCAAAUGGAAUGCACAAGAGUUAGCCCACCAAAUGAGGGAUUGGGGACUCGAAUACUCUGCUCAAGGCCAUGGUUUAAUCAAAAUUUGGUUAUCAUUUCGUCCUUUAAUUUUAUGUAUCAGACCAGAAUCAGCAAAAGCAAUUUUGGAGAGUAACACGAUCAUCACGAAAGGACCGGAGUAUAACAUUCUAGAAGAAUGGUUGGGCAAUGGUUUACUCAUCUCAACUGGUUCGAAAUGGCAUAGUCGAAGAAAGAUGUUAACUCCAUCAUUCCAUUUUCAAGUCCUCAACGAUUUCCUCGAAAUUCAUGAUGCUCAAUCACAGAUAUUCGUUGAACAGAUUUCCAAGUAUGCGGAUAAGGAUGGAAUGUUCGACAUCUUCCCUUACAUUAAGAGGUGUGCUCUUGAUAUAAUUUGUGAAACAGCCAUGGGUACUUCUGUGUCUGCUCAAACCCAACAUAACCAUCCAUAUGUGUUAGCGGUGAAACGUUUGAAUGAAUUGGCAUUCUUACAUGAGAGAAUGCCUUGGAUGUGGUUGAAGAUCGUGUGGUAUUUGAGUGGCUAUGGACCAGAAUACAACAAAACUAUCAAAACUGUUACUGACUUCACAAGAAAGGUUAUAAAUGACAAGCUAUCGGAAGUGGAGUUAUCUUCGAAUGAUGGGAAGAAGAAAGCUUUUCUAGACCUUCUGGUUGAUUUACUAGCAAAGGGAGAAGUUACAUACGAAGAUGUUCGUGCUGAAGUGGACACCUUCAUGUUUGAAGGACAUGAUACAACAGCGGCUAGUAUGGGUUGGACACUAUGGUCUUUAGCUCAUCAUCCAGAUUGCCAAGAAAAGAUUUUUCAAGAACUCUAUGAUAUAUUCGGAGAAUCCGAUCGAGAGUGUACAUCUGAAGACUUGAAAAGGAUGAAGUACUUAGAAUGGUGCAUCAAAGAAUCACUGCGAUUGCGACCAUCAGUUCCUAUGUUUUCUCGAAUAGCGGAGAAAGAUAUUGAAAUUGAUGGUUUUCUUGUACCAGAAGGAAGCACUGUAAUCAUCACACCAUUCCUCAUACACACGAAUCAGGAGGUGUACGAGAAUCCAGAGAGUUAUAACCCUGAACGUUUUGCUGAUGACAACUUGUUGAAAAGACAACCAUAUGCUUACAUUCCUUUCAGUGCAGGACCAAGAAAUUGCAUUGGUCAAAAGUUCGCUCUCAUGGAAGAAAAAACAGUCCUAUCUUGGUUCUUCCGUCGAUACAAACUAUCAACCUCCAUUCCCUAUGAGGAAAAUGUACCUUUGCCAGAAAUAAUAAUUCGUCCUUCGUUGGGUAUCCCUGUUAAAAUAGAACAUCAUACCUUAUCGAGUUAUGAAUGA